AUGAACAGCUCGGGCGCCCGGGGCGUCCAGGACGCCAGUGAGGCGGGCGGCGGCUUGCAGCCCGAGACGGUGGUGGUGCCCACGCUCUUUGCGCUCAUCUUCCUGGUGGGCACCGUGGGCAACGCGCUGGUGCUGGCAGUGCUGCUGCGCGGCGGCCAGGCGGUCAGCACCACCAACCUGUUCAUCCUCAACCUGGGCGUCGCGGACCUGUGCUUCCUCGUGUGCUGCGUGCCCUUCCAGGCCACCGUCUACACCCUGGACAGCUGGGUGUUUGGCUCGCUGCUCUGCAGGGCCGUGCACUUCCUCAUCUUCCUCACCAUGUAUGCCAGCAGCUUCACCCUGGCUGCUGUCUCCCUGGACAGGUACCUGGCCAUCCGCUACCCCCUGCACUCGCGCGAGCUGCGCACGCCCCGGAACGCGCUGGUGGCCAUCGGGCUCAUCUGGGGGCUGUCGCUGAUCUUCUCCGGGCCCUAUCUGAGCUACUAUCGCCAGUCACGAUUGGCCAACCUGACCGUCUGCCACCCGGCGUGGAGCGCGCCCCGCCGGCGCGCCUUGGACCUCUGCACCUUCGUCUUCAGCUACCUGCUGCCGGUGCUGGUGCUCGGCCUGACCUACGCGCGCACCCUGUGCUACCUCUGGCGCGCAGUGGACCCGGUGCCCGCCGGCUCGGGCGCCGGGCGCGCCAAGCGCAGGGUGACGCGCAUGAUCGUCCUCGUGGCCGCGCUUUUCUGCCUCUGCUGGAUGCCCCACCACGCGCUCAUCCUCUGCGUCUGGUUCGGCCGCUUCCCGCUCACGCCCGCCACCUACGCGCUGCGCAUCCUCUCGCACCUGGUCUCCUACGCCAAUUCCUGCGUCAACCCCAUCGUUUAUGCGCUUGUCUCCAGGCACUUCCGCAAGGGCUUCCGCCAGAUCUGCGCGGGCCUGCUGCGCCGCGCCCCCCGCAGCACCUCCUGCCGGGCGUGCGUCCCCGCGCCUGGCCCCUACAGCUGCAGCGUGCUGGAGUCCACCGACGUGACCCACGUGAGCGAGGCGGCCGUGCCCCUCGCCCCGGCGCUUCCCAGGGGCCUGGUCUCCAGCCCUGGCCCCUGCCGGGCCUGGCGGGACCCAAAGGAUCCCAGUGUUGUGCUAACAGUUAUAGGACCCGAGGCACUUGCCGGGGAGGUGGGGGGACUUGGGGGCUAA